AGUUAAGUUUCAUUCAGUUCUUUAUGUCAAACAAAAGCUACUUUUAUUUUUCAAACCAAAAAUCCUGAAACCUUUUCAAACGUAACUUGAUUUCUCAAAAAACCCAGUUUUUGUUUUUGUUUUCUGAGCCAUGAUGAAGAGAGAGAGAGAGUUUGAUCAUAGUGUAACCGUGGCAAACUGCUUGAUGCUACUCUCUCGUGGGAGUGAAAUUGAAGCUUUCUCCAACUCUCCUAGCCGUGUUUUUGAAUGCAAAACAUGUAACCGGAAAUUCCCAUCGUUUCAAGCACUGGGUGGUCACCGGGCAAGCCACAAGAAGCCGAGGUUGAUGGGAGGAGAGCAUGGAAGCCUUGAUUCCCAGUCACAAGGCUCACCAACCAAGCCCAAAACACACGAGUGCUCAGUCUGUGGCCUUGAGUUUGCAAUAGGUCAGGCUUUGGGGGGUCACAUGAGGAGGCAUAGGACAGCCUUGAAUGAAAGCCAAGUCCCUUUGAAUCUUACGGAAAACAUGCAAGGUCCUCUAAGUUUCACUUCCUCACAAGGCUCGGCGACUAGUCCUCUAAGUUUCGCUUCCUCACAAGGCUUGUCAACUAUUAAUAGUCGACGAGCCUUGUGUCUGGAUCUGAACUUGACUCCUUUGGAGAAUGACUUGGUGAUUCUGAAGCUGAAGCCAGCACCCAUGGUUGAUUGUUUUUUGUAAUUAUCAGUUAAGCUAGCUUAAUUAAUUAUGUAGUCAUGAUCAAUGUCUCUUUUUUUUUUUCUUUUUUUUUGUUUGUAUACGGAAUGAUCAAUGUUUUAUGCAUGCUGUAGUUUACAAUCUAUACCUUUGUUCAUUUAUACAGAAUAAUCACACAUCUGUAUU